AUGGGCCCGCUGGACCGGAUCCAAUUCCCCUUCAUCGUCAUCGACGAAGCGGCCCAAGUGAUCGAGCCUGCGGUGAUCCUGCCGUUGGGGAAGGGUGCCGUGCAGGCGGUUCUGGUUGGCGACCAGUGUCAGUUGCCGGCCACCGUGCUCUCCCAGGAGGCGCAGAAAGGAGGCCUAGACAUUUCAAUGUUCGACCGGCUCCUCUCCAUGGGCAUGGAGGUGCAGUUCCUCAGCGAGCAAUACCGCAUGCACCCGCAGAUCGCGUCCUUCUCUUCCUGGCGCUUUUAUCGCGGCGAGCUGAAGAGUGCCGUGAGCGAGUCGCAGCGUCAGCUGCCGCGCGGAUUUGUUCUGAGCUCCCAUGUGGUGCUCCUGCACGUGGAGGCCAGAGAGCAAUCGCGAGGUUCUUCGAAGAGAAACGUGGAUGAAGCUGCUUGCGCAGCGUGGCUGGUUCAGGAGAUGGUGAAGGUGUGGGGGAGAUUGAAGGGCGACGAGGUGGGUGUGAUUAGCCCCUAUGCGGCACAGGUGGCGGACAUCCGAAACGCCCUUCCACCUCAAGCGAGAGAUGCAGUCCAAGUCUCUUCGGUGGACGCCUUUCAGGGCUGUCAGAAGGAUGUCAUCAUCUUGAGCCUGGUGCGCGCCAAUCCUCGCGGCGACGUGGGCUUCGUGUCGGACUGGCGGCGCUUGAACGUGGCGUUGACUCGGUCGCGGAGGCUGUGCAUGAUUUUGGCCCACCUGCCCACCUGGCUCACGGCUGAAAGCGCUCUCUUGAGGGAUUGGAUAGGAUUUCAUCCGGCCAUUGUAGCAGAGGUCAAAGCCUUUGAGAGGCAAAAUCGUGGUGGACUUACUGCACUCCCACCUGAGAUUGAGAAGCAGGUCACCAUGCUCCGCGACGAGUUCGCGCGGAAUCGGCCGGCGGCAGCAAAAUUGCCCCGCGUCUCCGUGGCCGCCAAAGGCGGCGGCACAGAUGCGGCCACGGCCAAGCGGAAAGCCUUGGAUGCGGCACGGGCCUUGUCAGAAGCGAUCAGCAAGGCAGAGGAGGAAGCUUUAGAAGCCGCCCUCCUUCAGGCACAUGAUGCUGGCAUCAUGAACAGCACAGUGGAAGAAGCAGAGGACCGAUAA